AUGGGGUUUCAUAUCCUACCCAUCUUCACAUAUCUUUUUUUGGCAUUGGUGGCUAGCCAUGCAGCUUUACCUCCUGAUCCUGAGGAUUAUUGGAAGUCUGUGCUGCCAAACACUCCCAUGCCCAAAGCAGUCAAGGAUAUUCUACACACUGAAGAGUUGAAAGACAAAAGCACUUCGGUUGUGGUGGGGAAGGACGCUGUAGACUUAGAAACGAGUCUCAAGGUGACUAAUUUGUACAAAUAUGCUGCUACUGAGGACCAACUCCAUGAUAACCCAAAUGUUGCUCUUUUCUUUUUGGAGAAGAACAUCCACAAAGGCACAGAGAUGAACUUGCAGUUCAUCGAAACGAGAAGAAAAUCUACCUUAUUGCCUCGCCUGGUUGCCGAAUUGAUCCCUUUUGCAUUGGAAAAAAUGCCUGAAAUUUUGAACAAAUUCUCAGUCUCACCUAAUUCAGUGGAAGCUGAAGCAAUGAAGAAAACAUAA